AUGACCAAGGUCGACUCCGUUAUCUGCUGCCGUGCAUCUCCUGCCCAGAAAGCCCUGCUUGUUACUCAAAUCGGCAAAGGCCCUCAGAAGAAGGCACACUGGUACAGUUGGCUUAGUCCGACCUCGACCACGCCCCUGACUCUUGCCAUUGGCGAUGGUGCCAACGAUCUGGCCAUGAUCUCUGCAGCCAACGUCGGUGUGGGAAUCUCUGGCAGAGAAGUUCAACAGGCUGUCCGUGUGGCGGACUUCAGCAUCUCUCAGUUCCGGUAUCUGUCUCGGCUGGUACUUGUUCAUGGCUGCUGGAACUACUACCGUACGACACGAUUCAUUUUGGCAACGUUCUGGAAGGAGACCUUCUUCUACCUCCCGCAGGCACUUUUCCAAGAGCAGACCGGAGCCACGGGUACAAGUUUGUACGAACCAGGAAGUCUCACUUUUGUCAGUUUCUUCACCGCAGCAUGCAUCCUCGUCAUUGGGACUUUUGAGCAGGAUCUCCACUCGCGCACUCUGACGGUGGUUCCUGAGCUGUUCAAAUACGGACAGAACGCCGAGGGUCUCAACAUGUCGGUGUAUUUCAGUUGGUUCAGCAACGCACUGGUUGCGGGACUCAUCGUCUACGCCGGUGCUUGGGCGGGUUACAUGGACUCUGAGAUGAUCGACGUUGACGGGUGGUAUGCCCAAGGACUAUUGACCUUCGUCUUGUGUGGAAUUUGGGUCAACAUCAAGCUAUUGGUAAUUGAGCUGCACUACAAGACCAGAGUUGCUCUCUGGUCUAUCCUUGGCAGUCUCGCGGUCUUGUGGGCUUAUUUGCUCAUUGCCGGCGCCAUUUCUUCCCCCAGUUCCGCUCCUUAUUCUGUUCGCGGGGGACUGAGCUUAGAGUUUGGAAGGGAUCCAGCAUGA